CAGGCUGCUGCACUGCCCUCCUCUCACGGCCCCUGGCUCUCUGAAGCAUCUGUUGUUGUAACUUUUCACACCUCACAGCAAGACAGAGCGAACACAGAGGACGCCACAGUCUACAGGAAAACUGGUCUGGUCUCAUUGUGUAUUGUCCUACUAUCAGAGACUAAGUGUCACCAUGGAUGUCUCCCUCAUCUUUAUACCCUAUCACUUUAACAUAGAGUCCACAGAGAAACAUUCUAUACCAAGCUAGCAAUAAAGAUUUUUUUUUCUCAUUAGCACUUUUAGAUCUGAAGUGCUACUUACGUAUUUUUAUGAUAAGUAUUUAUUUAUAAAUACAUACUACCUUAGAACUUACCUUCAAACUACAACAAAUUGGCUUGGUGUCUUUUAUUCAGUUAAAUAAUAUUAAUAAUAUAUAAUAUUAUAUAUAUAUAUAUAUAUUAUAAUAAUAAUUACUACUAAUAAUAAUUUAAUAGCAAUGGAUACCACUACACUAGCAACCCUAGCAGCUGCCACCACUGCAGUUCUGGCCUCUCAGUCUGACAUGUCUGGCUACUUGUGGCUCUUGGUACUGGGCUUUGUCAUUGCCUUCAUCCUGGCGUUCUCUGUUGGGGCCAAUGACGUGGCCAACUCCUUUGGUACUGCGGUGGGCUCUGGAGUGGUCACAUUGCGGCAAGCCUGCAUUCUGGCCACUGUUUUUGAGACAGUGGGUUCAGUGCUGCUGGGGGCCAAAGUCAGUGAGACUAUCAGACAAGGGAUCAUUGAUGUUCGGAUGUACAACGGCUCAGAACAUGUCCUUAUGGCAGGAUCUAUAAGUGCGAUGUGUGGGUCGGCUGUGUGGCAGCUGGCUGCAUCAUUUCUGAAGCUCCCCAUCUCUGGAACCCACUGUAUUGUUGGAGCUACAAUUGGAUAUUCUAUGGUAGCCAGAGGCCACCAAGGGGUCAAAUGGAUGGAACUGCUACGCAUUGUGGCAUCCUGGUUCCUGUCGCCUGUGCUGUCAGGAAUUAUGUCAGGAAUUCUCUUCUAUUUUGUCCGCAAAUUCAUUCUCAACAAGUCUAACCCUGUACCUAAUGGACUGAGAGCCCUUCCUAUCUUCUAUGCCAUUACAAUGGGCAUCAACCUCUUCUCCAUCAUGUUUACAGGUGCACCUUUGCUGGGCUUUGACAGAGUGCCAUGGUGGGGCACUCUAUGCAUUUCUCUUGGCUGUGCCUUAGUUACCGCUCUCGUUGUUUGGUUUGCUGUCUGUCCGCGUCUCAAGAAGAAAAUAAAACGAGAAACAGCUGCUGGUCCCUGUGAAACUCCACUAAUAGAGAAGAACAUAAGCAAACCAGUGCUAGAGAAGCAGCCCUCAGCACCAUCUGACACUCAACCUCAGACUUCUCCUGCAAACAGCCAAAAAGUCGCUUUCAAACUCGGAGGCUCAGAGGAAGCUGACUUAAACAAUGAUGUGGACUCCAAAGACCUGGACAUCUCCAACGUUCUAAAUGGCACCAUUGGCCCCAUGAUGAUCACUGAUCCUCACAGCGGACGCUCCCACACAAUUCACAAAGACUCUGGCCUUUACAAAGACCUGCUUCACAAGCUCCACAUGGCCAAGGUUGGGGACUGCAUCGGUGACAGUGACACAGAAGAGCGGUCCAUGCGGAGGAAUAACAGCUACACCUCCUACACCAUGGUUUUAUAUGGAAUUCAAGGAGAUCCUAAAUAUAAAGAUGUAGACACUGGAUCACAGAGAAGAUCUAGGGUGGACAGUUACAGCAGCUACAGCUCAACGGUGACCAAUGGGAGUGUGGUCCCGGAUGGGAGUGUGACUCAAGAAGCUGGCAAGGAGCUUGCUCCGGAGGAGGAUGAGCUGGAGGUCGACCAACCUGCUGUUUCUACACUUUUCCAGUUUUUGCAGAUUCUAACGGCGUGCUUUGGCUCUUUUGCUCAUGGAGGAAAUGACGUCAGCAAUGCGAUUGGCCCUUUGGUGGCACUCUGGCUUCUCUAUGAGAGUGGCUCUGUAGUGUCCAACUCACCCACACCCAUCUGGUUGCUUCUGUAUGGUGGAAUAGGAAUCUGCAGUGGACUCUGGGUUUGGGGUCGGAGGGUAAUCCAGACCAUGGGCAAAGACCUUACCCCGAUUACACCCUCUAGUGGAUUCAGCAUUGAGCUGGCUUCAGCUGUCACCGUUGUUGUUGCAUCCAACAUUGGUCUUCCUGUCAGCACAACCCACUGCAAGGUGGGAUCUGUGGUGGCUGUGGGAUGGCUGCGCUCCAGGAAAUCAGUUGAUUGGCGUCUGUUCAGAAAUAUCUUCAUCGCCUGGUUUGUUACAGUCCCUAUAUCCGGGCUGAUCAGCGCUGCCAUUAUGGCUCUCUUCAUACAUGUUAUUCUGUGAGCCUCCUACUGUUCAGAUACACUGCUGUUGACGUUGUUUUGUUUGAAUCUUUGUAAAAAAAAAUGUGCUGAAUAUGCUGUGUAUGUUCUUUGCUAAUGAUUUAUAUAUUACUCAGUGUAAUUACAAAGUUAAGUCUAUUUUAUCUCACGUGGAAGUGUCCAUGAAUUAUGUAGACUCUCUAUUUACACUGCUCAAAUGUCCAAAAGACUGUGAUCCUGUAUAUUAAUCUGUAUAUUUGUAUAAAAGCAAUAUGUAUUAAUCAAACCAGUCAUCAUCUCACAGAGAGUGAGAAUGGACAACUUUCAUUCCACUGUUUUUGUUUUUUUUUCAACCUUUAUUUUACAAGUUAAGUCUCAUUGAGAUUACAAGAUUUGUUUUUUAAGAGAGUCCUGGCCAAGACAGCAGCAGUCCAAAUUCCAUUACAGAUAGGGAUCAUUAAAAUAAUUAUACAAAAACAUACAAUAUAAAACAUACAGUAUAAAAGAUAAAGUUUUAUAAUCCUAAAAGAACAAAGUAUUUUUGCAUUGUUGGGUAGACAAUUAUAAAACCACUUUAUGUGAAGAGAUUUGUACUUGUACUUUUGUCACCAAUGAAACAUUUGUCACAGAAUGGUACUAUGACUGUGUAUAAGUUAAAUAUAGCAGCAUGGUUUGUAAUAAAAGAGAUACAUUUAACAAGUUAAA